AUGUCUUUCGUUCCCAAUUUUCCGCCGUCGGUUUUGCGCAAGUUUGGUGACCAGGAAUCUGAAGAUGGCAAAAAGAAAACGAAGGAAGACUUUAAGAAGAUGAAGGAAAUAGAGGAGGCCCGUAAACUGGCUGUUAUGCCCGCAAUGAAGGAUGAAGAAGGGCGUGACAUAAAUCCUCACAUUCCACAGUACAUAAUGCAAGCUCCUUGGUACUAUGGGUCGUUGAAACCUACGUUAAAGCAUCAGCGCAUGCAAGAUGAGGAGAAAAGGGAGGCCCUUUCGGGUACAGAUAAAGGUUCCGCAGCGCUAAAUAAGUGGUACAAGAGAGGUGUGCCGCUUGGCGCUCCACGUGCAAAGAGUUUUCGUGAUGGGGCUUGUGAAAAUUGUGGAGCCAUUACGCACGAUCGAAAGAAUUGUCUAGAGCGUCCAAGAAAGGUUGGCGCUAAAUAUACGGGACUGGAUAUAGCUCCUGACGAUAUAGAACAGGAUGACAUAAAACUGGGAUACGACGCGAAGCGUGACAGAUGGAAUGGCUAUGAUCCACGUGAACAUCAGCGUUUUAUAGCUGAGUUCCAGCGCUUUGAAGAGGCUAGAAAAAUCGUAAAAGCCAAAAAAAUAGAGGAGAAGUUAGCUGCUGCGGCUUCGAAAAGUGAGGGUCAGGAAAUGGGAUCUUCGUCGGGACCUAAUUUGGAUGACGAAGAAGGUGAUGAUGACCGCUACGGUGAAGAACUUGAUAUGCCGGGACAGAAAUUCGAUAGCAAGCAGCGCCAAUCCAUUCGGAAUUUGCGUAUUCGUGAAGAUACGGCAAAGUAUCUUUACAACCUUGAUCCUAAUAGUGCUUACUAUGAUCCGAAGACUCGCUCCAUGCGCGAAAACCCAUUUGAGAAUUCAGGCAAAUCGGAAUCAGAAGUUCCAUUUGCUGGAGACAACUACAUACGAAAUGACGGCGACGCACCUGCCAUGUUGCAGAGGCAGGUUUUCGUUUGGGAAAUGCAAAAUAAGCUCGGCCUUGAUUUACAUCUACAAGCUGACCCAACACGCCUUGAGUUGCUGGCGAAGAAAGUUUCAAUGGCUAAGGAGCAGGCUCACUCAGCGGUUCGUGAGGAGAUCUUGGAACGUUACGGAGGUCGUGAGCAUUUAGAAGCACCGCCAAGAGACUUGCUCUUGGGGCAAUGGGAAAGCUAUGCAGAGUAUACACCCACUGGUCGCGUUCUUAAAGGAUCUGAGAAGGUCACUGUAAAGUCCCGUUAUGAAGAGGACGUUUUCUUGAAAAAUCAUAAAUCGGUUUGGGGCUCAUAUUGGUACGCUGGUCAGUGGGGUUACCGGUGCUGCCAUUCUCUGAUCAAAGAGUCCUACUGCACUGGGGACAAGGGCAAGGCGGGUACUGGUUUGGCCAAUCCCGGCAACUCGAAUACAUCUACAACAGAUCUUCCGGAAGUGCCUGCUGAGGCUCAGACAGGCUCUAGUGUGCUAGCACCUCUUUUGCCUCUUUCCAACACGGUCGAAGGAGACGAAACUUCAAAGUCUUCUGACAGGGAGGACGAAGAAGAAUUUGCUGAACAAGCACGCCAACGAGAAAUGGAUUUCGCUCGGUCUAAAGAACGUCGCGAACGACGUGCGAAAAAGCGGAAGAACAAAAAGAAGAACAAGUCCAAGCGAGGCAAAAAGCGAGGGAAGAGGAGCAGUUCCGUCUCGCAUAGUUCUAGUUCUGCUAGCAGUUGUAGCAGUGAGUCGGAAGACGAAGAGGUAGCUCGGGAAAAGCGUAUUCAGGCGGAGAUGGAAAAGGAGAAGAAGCGAUUGAGGGAAGUUGAUAAGCUUUUGGCACUGGAUGAACGUAAGCGACCCUACCAUUCCUUAUCUGCCAAUGACGCACAUAUUCCCACGCAGGAAGAAAUGGAGGCUUACUAUAGACUGCGGCAAAAUCCCAAUGAUCCUAUGUCUCAUUUCAAAGACUAG